GUGGAAUACUGCCCCUGUGUGAUCGCCAACGACUGCUGGAACCUGCUGAUGGAGUUCAUGCAGAGCUUCAUGGGCAGCCACACGCCCGGCAUCCCGUCGGUGUUCGGCUCCAAGCACGACAGCGCCUACAGCCCCGGGGACACCAUGGUGCAGUACAUGGAGCUCUUCAACAAGAUCCGCAAGCAGCAGCAGGUGCCCGUGGCUGGCAUCAGGUGAUGGAAAUAUCAAAAUCUGCUGCCUCCCUUGGAUCCAUUGGUUCUGUGGUUUUGUGGACAGUGUUUGGACAGUGAGAGGAGAAAUUCCAGAAAAUUACAGACAUCUCUUGAAUUUCUAUUAUUUUUUUAUAUCCACGUCGGUGUUUUGUUGUAUUUCAUCCCAAUAAAAGGAUGGGUUUUGGGAGGAGGAGUUGUCCCUGCACAGUGAGGGUUGUGCUGUAAAUUUCCAAUCUUCUUUGGAUUUAAUAAAUUUAAUCAGCACAAGGCCCAGAAAGAGAUGGUUCAUGAGCCAUAAAAAAUGGCACAAUGUCCCCUAAGUGAGGUAAAAAUUCCAACAUGCUGAAUACACUGAAUUUUUUGCAGCUCUUAGCCCCAAGUUCAUGACUGUUCAGUGGUGAAAAUUCACUGUCCUGAACUGGGAGAACUUUAAGAAACAAACUGGGAUUUUUAGGGAUUGUUAUCCCUGUCCUGUUUCCCAUUACAAACCUUAAAGUUUAAAAUAAAAAAAUGCCUGUUAAUGAGCA